AUGAAGACCAUAGUCCGAAAAUAUGGUGAUAUUUACUUAUAUAGUUUUGGUCUUGUUGUACGUUUAGUUAUCAAUCAAUCUAAUAUGCUUGCAGAUGUACUUGGUCGAAAUAAUGUACAAAAUUCUACAAAACAAUCAAUUACCGGCGCUGUCUUUAAACUAGUCAUUGAUAAUUAUAAUUUACUAGUUGCUAAAGGUUAUAAACAUGAACGAGAUAGUCGAAUACUUAAUCCUGCAUUCCAUCAUACUAAUUUAAAAUCAAUGGUUUCAAUCAUUGUUAAUCGAAUAACAAAAUGUAUUGGUUCACUAUAG